GGGAUUCUUACAGUUCGACAUGCUGGUCACCAUCUUCCUUCCUCAUGAUGCCAACAUUGUUCCAGCUUCCCUUAGAACCAUGAUGGCGACACAGCCAAUUACCCUCGAUUCCUACCCAGAGCAGCCGAUGCCAGUCAUACCCCAGAUGUCCAGCAACACUGAAGCAGGUCCGAGUUGCACCAAGUCUGACCCCGAUGCCUCAAGCCCUGUCCCUGCUGAAUCUCAGACAUCUAUGGAAGCUGACAAAGGAGCCAUUUACAGACAUCCUCUAUUCCCACUCUUGGCUCUCCUGUUUGAGAAAUGUGAGCAGUCGACCCAGGGUUCUGAGUGCAUCACCUCAGCAAGCUUCGACGUAGACAUUGAGAACUUUGUUCGCAAACAGGAAAAGGAAGGGAAACCAUUUUUCAGUGAAGACCCAGAAAUUGACAACCUGAUGGUGAAAGCAAUCCAAGUGUUGCGUAUUCAUCUGUUGGAGCUAGAGAAGGUUAAUGAUCUGUGCAAAGAUUUCUGCAACCGUUACAUUGCUUGUCUGAAAACUAAAAUGAACAGUGAAAACCUACUGAGCAGUGAUCCAGGAGGUCCUUAUGCAUCUGUUCAGACACAGCUUCCUGUUCAGAACACAACCAUCACCACCUUACCUGGUACCAUCAGUCCUCAGGGAAUCGUAGUUCCUGCCUCGGCUUUGCAGCAGGGAAAUGUCACAGUGACAACAGUAAACCCUACUCAAGUUGUAACAGGUGGUGGGGCAGUUUAUCAGCCUGUUACCGUGGUUACACCUCAAGGUCAGGUAGUGACGCAAACACAUGGCACAAUACGUAUUCAGAAUGCACAGCUUCAGCUGCAGUUAAACCAAGAUGUGAAUGUCUUGCAUCAAGACAGUGAGAAUUCUCCAAAAAAUAAGCGUGGAGUCUUGCCAAAACAAGCUACUAAUAUCAUGAGGUCCUGGCUGUUCCAGCACAUUGCGCAUCCAUACCCUACAGAAGAUGAGAAAAGGCAAAUAGCAGGUCAGACUAACCUCACCCUCCUCCAGGUCAACAACUGGUUCAUCAAUGCUCGACGGCGGAUUUUACAGCCCAUGCUCGAUGCCAGUAAUCCAGACACUCCACCCAAGGCCAAGAAGAUCAAGACACAGAGCCGGCCAGUGCAGCGAUUCUGGCCAGAUUCCAUUGCUGCAGGAGUGACUCAGCAACAUGUAACCAGUAUUACAGUGUCAGACAGUGCAAUGGUCUCAAUAUCGAGUCCGGUGAAUGUGAAUGUGGACAGUCUGCAGUCUUUGUCGUCUGAUGGAGCAACAUUGGCCGUACAGCAGGUCAUGAUGGCUGGACAGAGCGGAGAGGAUUCUGGCAACAGUGUCGAAGAAGACGACAGCGAUCUUUCCGCAACAAACAUUAGUAGCCUGGCCUUAGACAACAGUGACUCACUGCAAUAGGCCCAACACAGAGAGAACCUGUGAGAAAUGGAAGGAGGACUGGCCAUGCAUUUUUAUUCUUUGCACUCGCAGUGCAUUUUAUUUCUGAUGUAUUUUAUACAUAGGUAGGAGAGCGCACUUUUCUAUCUCACCUUGUAUUGAAUGAAUGGGGCUUUGAUAUUCUCACAUUGAACUAGCUGUUUUAAUGUGAACAGACAGUAAAUUUGUUUCACUGGAUCGAUGUACAGACUGAAGCAGAAGUGUUUCAACUUCAUGUGCAGUUGGUCUGUUUUAUCCGCUCAGAAAUAACUGGCCAUAAUUUAAAGGUGAUUUGCAGUAACUCUUUACCUAGUUGUCCAACUGACAAAAACAAAUUAUUGGAUCAAAUCCUACUUUUUGUUUUUAGUUGAUGAAUUUUAUUGUCAACAACAUUUUGCAGCUAGUGACGAGUUUAGUUUUAUUAAACUAUGGGAUCCAGGACCGACUGAAGCCUAACUUCAGAUGGGCACAGAAACAUUUUGUGUGGGACGAGGUGGAUGUUUGAAAGUUCCCACUGGGAGAGGUGUUCUGGUCAGAGUCUGGUGCUAAGCAGCUGUAAACUGUGUUCACAUUGUACAAUAAUAAUAAGCUAUGUUGCUAAUGUAUUUUCUCCCAGUGUCCUGGGUUAGUACAGGAGUGGAUUGAGCAAUCUUUGGCUGUGAGACUGGUGUCCCCACUCUCAUGCAGGUCAAGAUGAAGCAAAAGCCGGUGAACUCCAUAUCUCCUUUCCCCCUUCGUUACUUUCCUGAAGACCAGGACUGAAACAACUGGAGCUCCACAACCUCUGUAGCUAAUGGAGGGGAUGGAUGGAUCGGUUCCAUAUUAAUGGGACCUAUGAUAACAGGCCUGUUGUUUUGGUGAUACUACGGUGAGAGUACUGUACAAGAAGCAGGUGUACCACAUACCUAUUCUGUCUGUUGAAAAACACAGUGUAUACAGAAGGAGGAUCUGAAGUCAUCUCCAUUAGUCACAUGUGCUGUGCAUCAUUGACAGUAAGACUAGUGUUGGAGACCAGCAUCUUAGGACAUGUUCAUUCUAUCCUGCUCCCUCCCAAUUCAAUACUUUUAUUACACCAGCUCUGUAAUCCUUAGAUUCUGUCUGUCUUUAGCAAAAAUAUUGUAAACUAUGUAGAUGUUAAACAUCCUCCAAUGAAGUGCUAUACCAUCGCAGUGAAA